AUGAGCCACCAAUUCUAUCGAGAGCCAAAUGAGGCUCAACCCAAAAUGAAAGAGGUGGUCAAGAAGGAGGUAAUAAAAUGGUUAGACUCUGGGGUAUACCCCAUUUCAGAUAGCAGCUGGGUUAGCACGGUUCAAUGCAUUCCUAAGAAUGGUGGUAUGACGGUGAUUUCCAACGAUCACAACGAGUUGAUCCCAACAAGGAUGGUGACUGGUUGGAGAAUGUGCAUGGACUACCGUCGCCUAAAUAAGAUUACAAUAGCUCCAGAGAACCAAGAAAAGACCACUUUCACGUGUCCCUAUGAGACAUUUGCGUUCCGGAGGAUGUCGUUUGAUCUUCGUAACGCUCCCGCCACCUUCUAG